AUGGAGUGCACCUGCUGGAAAACUGAUAGUCGCUUCCGGGGUCUGGAGGACUUCCGCAACGUAAACCGUCACUUCCGGAGGACGGAGGGUCGCUUCCGGGCGCUAGGAGGGUCUUUCGGCCCGCGCCGCUGCGCAUGCGCAGCUGCAGCGCUGUCACGGGCGUCACUGCGCAUGCGCGUGUCUCGGGUCGCAGGACCGCAGUUUGUCCACAUGGCGGCGGUACCGAGCACCAGCUAUUACCGGGCGCGGCCGUUCCGGCUCUUCGCCACGGGAUGGCGCUACCGGCUAUCGGCCAUCGACAGGGGCUGCGAAGGCCGGGGCUUCAGCGCCGCAGCACUUCACCCUCUCGCCCAGACCCAACCGCAGGCGCUCACCCCGAGCCCGGCAGCUGGAAACGUGGCCCGAGGCACAAAGGAGAUGGCAAAUGGUUGUGCCUUUACGUCCGGCAGAAAUGCCAGCGGGCAGGUCCAGAGCCGUCAGUGCAUUGAGGACGUCAUCAAAUUCGCCUUCGAGGAGAGGCUCUUCCUCAUGGCUGACGAGGUGUACCAGGACAACAUGUAUGCUGAGGGUUCGGCCUUCCACUCCUUCAGGAAGGUGCUGACAGAGAUGGGGCCGCCCUACCUGGACUCGGUGGAACUCACCUCCUUCCACUCCAUCUCCAAAGGCUUCACGGGCGACCCCUCAUGGCUCGGGGUGGACAGUGUAGACCUCGACCUCACAGAGAGUGAACUGCUCCUCCCGGCCCGGGAUGGUGACGGUGAUGGGUGCCCUAUUGCUACGCGCCUAUUGCUGCGCGCCGCCCUCCGCUCACCCUGCGCCCCCCUGCGCCUGCUCUGCCGCGACUUCCACGCCGAGGAGCUCUCCGUCUCCACCGUCGUCUCCCUGCUGGACUCCCUGGAGCCUGCUGCCGUCCGCAGAGUUGUUUUACGCUUCAACAACCUGGGGCUGGCGGGGCUGUGCGAAGUGCUGCCUCACCUCGGCCGCUUCCCCGCGCUGCGCAGCCUCAAGCUGCCCUACAGCAACGUGGACGUGCGCCGCACAGCCCCGGGCACGGACGCCUGCAUCCGCUGCUUGGCCGCUCACCUCCGGGCCCUGCCUGCCCUCAAGGAACUCGAUUUGUACUCCUCCAGGCUUUCUGAGAGACUCAGGCAGCUCCUGGGCGAGCUGCAGACUCCCCUGGAGAGUCUGGCGCUGGCCUUCUGCUGCCUGCUCCCCUCCGACCUCAUCUUCCUGUCCUCGAGCCUCCACGCGCCCUCCCUGCUCCAACUGGACCUGAGCGGCCACAACCUCACGUCCCCCAGCCUCCUGCAACCCUUGCGGACGCUGCUGGAAGCCGCUUCGUGCUCGCUGCUGCAGCUGGAGCUGCUGGAGUGUCAGCUGGGGGACGCGGAGCUGGAGCUGCUGCUGCCGGCGCUGCGCCGCUGCCGCCGCCUGCGCUGCCUCGGUCUCCUCGGCACCCCCCUGAGCCCGGCGGCGCUGGGCGGCCUGGCCCGGCCCUGCGCGGCCCUGCCCGACCUGCGCCUCGUGGGCUACUCGCAGCCGCCGCGGGGCUCCGGCCACCACACCCCCACGCAGGGGGAGGAGGGUUUCCCGGCGGAGCUGUGCCGGCUGCUGGCGAGCGCGGGUAGAGCAGACGCCGUGUGGGCGACCAGCCUCCAGCGCUACGGAGCCAUCGACUACUUCAGCUUGUAGCAUCCCCCCCCCCAGGGAGGCUUCACCUCGGGGCGCUCUGCCGGGCUCUGGGCUGUGCCACUCGGUUAUGGUGAGUUCAUUAAAGCCAACCCCACCUUGCCUGAUUAACCCAAGUCCUCCUGGGAUGCUUGGCAGGAGGAAGUGGCAGAGCUCAGCGGAGGGGAUGGAGCUCUUCUGCUUUUAAUGGACCAAGGAGAGAGCUGGCUGCUGUUCUGGCACACAGGGCACUGACCAGAGAAUCAUUACAGAUGGAAAAGCCCUUUGAGCUGCUGGAGUCCAACCCUGACCCCACAGUGCCACAGGCACCACUGAGCCACGGCCCUCAAGCACCUCAGCCCCACGGCUCUGGGACCCCUCCAGGGCUGAGCACUCCCCCAGCUCCCUGGGCAGCCUGGCACAGGGGCUGACACCCCUCUCAGGGAAACAGUUCUGCCUCAGCUCCAGCCUCAACCUCCCCUGGGGCACCCUGAGCCCCUUUCCUCUUGGCCUGUAGCUUUUAACUUGGGAGCAGAGACCGACCCUCUCAGCCACAGCCAGGGAGUCAGAGUGAUCAGGUCUCCUCUGAGCCUCCUUCUCUGCAGACUGAACCUUUGCCUCAGGUACCCUCAUUUAGCCCAGAGCUUCCCAGUGCAUCUUCUCUCCCUGCAGCCCCUCAGUGUCCCUGUGGCAGUGAGUGAGGGGGCCCAGCACUGA